ACUCAUCAGACUCACACUCGUGACUCUUUGACUCUCCUUUGUCCUCUCUCUUCUGUUGAGUCUCGACGAUGCGGCCCUGGAGCUGAGCUGGUGAGCACGUCGAUCAUUGCUUGCUCGCCCACUCAAACAGCUCGUCACCUACUGUACUCUAUCCAAAUCCUCGAUCUCGUGCCACAGGCAUGGUAGCCAAUCUGCGGACCCGAUCUACUGGGUGAAAAGCAGAGCCAUCACCUUCCACUGGCUCGCUCCUGGCGCGAACCCGACACGCGUCUCCAAGCCGUUCACAGGCAUCGUCUGCGCCAUGAACCCCCUCUUUGGCGAUUUAGCAAGACUCAGCAGCAGACUCGCACGAGCUCAAUCGAUCGAUCGAUCAGCUCUUGCUGCGCAUACAUGCGCUUGUUGGACUGUCCGCCUACAUCGCACGCGUUCAGGCGCGGCGUCUGCCCAUCAUCGCGAUCCGACCGAGCGUCUUCAUUCGUCGACGUUUCCAAGCACCUCGUCUUCUACCAGCAUUCAGGCGCGCUCAGACUUGACGGGCGCGCGAAGUACAAGCAACACGGUGUGGAGCGCACCUUGUGGUGCACAACGACGGAGCGCAGCUUUGUCGAGACCUGAAAUCAGACCCACAGCGAACAGCUCCUCGAAAGUACAUGCAACAUCCGGCCUUCUCAAUAGCAUCGCGGAGCGCGACUCGGUUCUGCAACUUACAACACGGCGAAAUUUAUCCAGCUCAGCGCCCGCUAAAGCCAAGGUGUCAAAGUCGAUCCCCUCGGCAAAGUCUCAGAAGAAGAAAUCGUCCGAGAAAGCUGACUUCGACAGCGGCGGUGCUAGCGAGUCCACUGCGCCAGACGGUACAAAGCCAGCAAAGUCCGCCGUAUCUCAACCUCCUUUACGGCCUGGUUCGAUCAAGUAUCAAGAGGCUUUUCAAGCGGUGAAGAAGCAGAAGCGGGAGAGAGGAGAGGUGGAGGAGACGGAGAAGGAGAAGCCAGAGGGCAACUUCGAUUGGGUGCAUGAGAUUAUGAAAAAGCAGAAGGUGUUGCGUAAAAGGAAAUACGACGAUUGGGGCGGAGGUAGCGAACUCUCACCACAAUUGGCUCGAUCGAGAAGAGACGCGGCUUGGGAGGAGAUCAGCAAGGAGCACAAGAGGAGGUUGGAGAUACAGCAAAAGGCAUUCGGUGAGGUGGUGGAGCAAAUCGCUUACGACUACCCGCACAUCGUGGACGAACUGGAUCGAGGCGACAUCAAGCUCGACGACUUUGAAGAUACGCUUCAACUCGCGGAGCACGCUGAGAAAGGACCUUUCCUGGCCAAAGGUAGAUUCAUCACCGCAAAGGGACUCAGCUGGACCUUUGCCUGGAACUUUACCCACUCUUUCUUUUUUAAAUAUAAAAGCAUGCUUGUUUGGCUUCUCUUUGCCAUCUGGAUAGGUGUCUUUAGGAUGUGGAGAAGAGCGUAUGAGGAUUGGUCGGAGCGCAAAGACCCUCGACGGUUGCUUUGGAUGAACAGCAACAUAUGCUGCUCGAUGGAGAAUCUGAGGAAUGGCAAGUAUUGGACAUUGGUCACCGCCAUGUUCAGUCAUAGUGAUUUGCAGCAUGCUUUUGGCAAUUUCGUACUCCUAUUCAUCUUUGGACGACCUCUAGUGAGGCUUCUAGGACCGGUAGGAUGGCUCGGUCUGUACUUGACGAGCGGCAUCGUAGCCACUGGUGGCGCUGUGGUCUGGGACGAAUACGUGGAUCCGAUGCUUGCCGAAGUUUGCUCUUGGAGGAAUGCGGACGAGGAGCGUCGAAGCGCCCGCCCACUGCACGGGGCUAGCGGUGCCAUUUACGGUGUAGCAACCGUGUCUUACUUUCCCUCGCAACAAGGCAUCGUCCUAUUCCCUCGUCACAUUGCAUUGCCAAUAACCAACAGGUUGGUCUUGACGGCCAUGCUUCUUGGAGCUGGCUAUGGCGUUCUUUUCGGUGACUCGGGGAAAGAAUCGCACGCCUCUCACCUCUUUGGCGCUCUAGCAGGCUUCUUGUGGCUGCGCAUGGGUAUGAGCUCCAAAAUCAAGUGGGCCUCCAAAAUCCCGUUGCCCAAGAAGUAUUAGGCGAAAAAAUUGAUCGAGCGCCUCGCCACGCCUCGCCUCGCCUCGCCUCUUCCUUCAUCUCUUGCUCAGGACAUUUGCUGCUUCGAUGCCCUCCCCCUCACCAUGUCGCCCGAGUCACAGAGUCAUGCCAUGCUGCGCUCGCAGCGAAUCCGAAUCCGAACACGCACGUGUCACUGCCUCCCCAUCUGAAUGGCAGAACUCGGU